CUUGACGUUACCACCAAUUCCCUCUCUCAUUGGUCACGAUAUGCACGUCUUCGACUUCUUCGCACAGUUAACCUCGACAGCGUUCCGGCCAUGGCUUUUCUCGCCCUUCGCCGCGCCCCACAACCUCAAGCACUUCCCCGUCGCCACAAGGCCAACCGUCCACGACCUUUCCUUCGAUCUGGAACUGCCUUGCUCGUCCCCGACGACACCAGCGACAUCGCCCACAGCAUUGGUUUCCACUACUCGCCGUUCUGCCCCUGUGCACAUGCCUUUGGAGUUGAUUCUCCAGAUAAUUGAGGCAUCCUAUGAUCGAGGACACCCAGACAUAUCGCUGCUCAAGGCCUGCUCUCUCGUCUGCAGAGAAUGGUCUGUCGCCGUCCAGAAGCUGCUGUUCAGGAAGGUCGUCCUCCAGACCCUUCCCGCCUUCCAGUCGUUCAGCAGGGCUAUUAACCCCUCAACUGAACGCGGCAGCAUCCUGGGCAGCGCAGUUCGCGAACUCCGUGUGGUGGUAGAUUACAGCCAGCCUUCCUAUCUCCACCAACAUGCCAUGGCUCGUGCCGUCACCAUGUGCCCCAACCUGCAAGAGCUGGAUCUCUCGCUCUACGGGUUCGCAGAACCUAGCGGUGACCAAGAAGAGGGAUCCCAAAACGGCCCCCGUCUCCGUCGUCGGGCCCCCUGCUUCGACGAGCAGACCCUCACUCUCCUUCGCUCCGGUCCCCAAAUCACUUCUCUUUCAUUCAGCAACUGGUCGGAAAAUCACGAAUGCAUCUUCCAGCUCCUCGAUGUCUGGCCAUCCCUUCAAUCCCUCUCUAUGAGUGGUACAUCUCCUCACCUCCCGUCGCAAUCGUCUCUAUCCUAUUCAGGAGCCCUGGAGCAAUUACGAAUGAACUUCCAGACUCCUCCCUCAAUGGAGUUCAUGAAUUGGCUUCUUCAUCAUUCGACAGACUCCCUUCGAGGUGUGACGCUCGAACGCGAUCCGUGUCCAGAUUUGGUCGAUUUCAUCAUGGACUCGUUCACUCCCAGCCUUCGAUCACUCACCAUCCCGAACUGCACUUCGUCUGACAUGGCUCGGCGACUCGAAAAAUGCGAUGGCCUCAGGUUCCUGCGCAUGGACCAGCCUCAGGUAAACCCGCUGGUUUACAAGUCACUCCCCGCUUCCAUCAAUCAUCUCGCCUUUGGCGUUGAUCGUGAUACACCUCUCCAACCAGUCAUUGAUCUGGUCAAGUCACGAAGUGCGUUGGAGUUGGUUACGAUCCGACUUUGGAAUGGAGGCGACAACCAUCGGCUGCUUCCCGCACUCAAGAUAGCCUGUGCAUACCGCGGGGUUGAUCUUAGGAUGACCAACGAUACUUUGCAGUAUGACUCGAUGCUCCUUUGCUGAAUCUUUCCUUCCGUGGUCUAAACGUGCACCCCAUUUCGAACUGCCACGAACCCACGACUCUCACAUCCAUUUCCUUGACGCCGGUCCCCGACUCUCUUACCUCGUGUUCCCUUUCAUUACUAUCCCGAUUAAUGACGCCCACCCAAUGUCUUUCGCAUUCUCUUGAUCCAUUGUUGUUGUCCAUCCAGCUUUCAUGAGCGCUCUGAACAACGUUGUAUUUCCAUUUCCAUCACUUACGACCUCAUCACACUCGCUCAUACGUUCAUAGCAUUUCUGCAUUUUGUGUAUUCUUACCCAUCUCAACGACACGUCCACCGUAGCAUAUCCAGUACUUUGACUGUUCAUGAUCCAUCAUCAUCCUCAUCCAUCCGCUCCAUCCACAUUACCACAACCCUCACUCGUACCUCAUACUCUCUGCCUUUAUUCGUAUUCUAGCUUUCUUGGCCUUUAUUGUGCGAGAUUGGUUCGAGACUCUCUUCCUUCGCCUUCUUUCUAGAGCUCUCGGUCGACCAUCUCACUUCUUGUC